CAAGUUCCCUCUGCCCCUCCCCGUCUCCCACCAGCUUGUUUGCUCUUAUAAACGUCCCCUCAAACACUGGUUUGAAAAACAGGAGGCGCAUUAAAAGAAGAAGUAUUCAACUGAAGGCUAAAGUGAUCAGCAGAAAGGGUGAUGGCAGUGUCGGUCUCCAGGGAUCUCACAGUGCGGGUGCUGGAAGACCCGAACACUGUCAAGCUUGCUGAGAGACAACAGGCACUGAAGAAUGCCAUCCAGAAAGGAGAACCCAAAUGUCUGGGGGUGAGUUUUGACCUCUGUGUAGUUGUGUUUGUAUAUGUGUGGAUACAGAACGCCUGUGUUUUGAUUUCUUUUCCCCUCCCCCUGCAUUUAUAUCUGCAGCUGUGUCUCAUGAUAAGCACGGUGUCUGUUAUGCUGUCAGUGGUGGCUGUGAUCAUCUACUCUGUGGACAUGAGCAAGAAUCCUGAGGAGCCUUGUACGAAAACAGACAACAGAUGUGACGAAAAGCACUACGAGACGAGGCUGAGCCGGGGAGUGAAGUCGUCCCUCCUGGUCUUCACUCUGGCCCAGACAGUCAUCGCCGCCAUUCUCUGUGUCCUUCUCCUCAGGCAGAGGCGCAGCUUUGUAUCGUACACUCCUCUCGGUGAAGCAGCUCCACCCACUUCAUCACUGCUCACAUCCCCCGACCUGAACUGAUCAGUUAUCCUUUGAUUGAUCAUCUGUGUCCUGAUGAUUGAAGGUCUUGAAUUUGUCUGACCCCUUACAUCUACCACUUAUUUACUCUGCUACCCGGCAUGUUUACACGAGUGUGCCAGUUCUGUCACGGCCUUUUACACAGACACAACUGUUCAACACUGGAUUCAUGGUUCAUGGACGGCAGUCUCAGUGCAGCCAUGUGUGCAGGGAGGCAUUUUUAUCCAAGACUAAAGACUUUAUUCUGGUAUUCUCCUCUAAGACACAACCGUACUUAUGUGUGGCACAUGAUGUCACAUAUGUGGAGCGUUCGGCUUUGUCCAGUCACAUCUGCUGAAUAGUUGCCCAAGGGGCCAUUGUUUGUUAGUUGCCCCUUGGGGAUAAAUAAAGCCUUCUGAUAGCAUACAGGCAGCAUAUAUAUGCCCUGAAAGAAAAAAAUGAAUCAUGGUUUUUGUACCUGAAGAAUUUCAUAGCUGAAAGAUCCUGAUUUUGUAAUCAAGA